CAGAAGAAGGACUCGGACGUGUGCCACUGAUUUGACGUCGGCGGUCACUAACGCAACACUAAAAGUUACUGAAGUGUCUGAUUUGGGUUCUCUGUCUAAUGUAGGCGGGGUGGCGGAGACACACACGGCGGCUAUUAGAGGCACUAUUACUGUUAGCCGGGCGUUAUUUUUAGCUAUUACGGCUCAGCGGCAGUUCCCGAAGCGGCGUGGCCGAGGCAGUGGUGGUGUGAGCGGGUAUGGAGGCUUUAUGGAUGCUGCCGCUGCUGGUCGUCCCGGUCCUGUUUCUGACCAGCAGCACCUUCGUCUUCUACUUCAAAAAGUUCUUCUACGUGGCUUACAUGAUGCUGCUGGCUAUGAUCGCCAUUCCUGUCUGUGUGCUAAAAAGCGGCGGCAGGGACGUGGAAAACAUGAGGGUCAUUCGCUUCAUGGUACGUCAUGUGAAGUACUUCUUGGGUCUGCGCUUCGAGAUCAACGGCUGGGAGCACCUGCAGGCCGAGGGGCCGUACGUCAUCAUCUCUAAUCACCAGUCAUCGCUUGACGUGCUGGGCAUGAUGGAGGUACUGCCAGACCGUUGCACCACCAUUGCUAAGAAGGAGUUGCUGUGGGCAGGGACGGUGGGCCUGGUCUGCUGGCUGGGCGGCAUCGUUUUCAUCAACCGCAAGAAGACCAGCGACGCCAAGAGUGUCAUGGCAGACACAGCCAAAACCAUGCUGCGCGACCAGAUCUGUUUGUGGGUUUUUCCUGAGGGAACAAGGAAUCAGAAAGGUGAUAUUUUGCCUUUUAAGAAGGGAGCGUUCCACCUGGCUGUGCAGGCGCAGGUGCCCAUCAUCCCCAUUGUGUUCUCCUCCUACAGUAACUUCUACCUACGGAAAGAGAAAGAGUUCAAAUCAGGAACGAUCACCUUGAAGAUCCUUCCGAAGAUCGAGACAAAGGGGUUGACAUCAGACGACGUGUCAUCGCUCAGCGACCAAUCGUACGCUGUGAUGCGCUCCACCUUCCUGGAGAUUUCCAGCCAAUCGCCUCAGAGCAACGGGCCGUCCAACCACUGAACAUUCCGUGGCUCUGGCCACUUUCAUUGCCUCUCACAACCAGGAUGCUCUGCAGUGGCUCAAGACUUCGUAGUCAUGGUGACGGUAGCUGUGGCAACCAGACGCUUCCAGUAUCUUCUCCAGUGUCCACAUACAGUGUAUACACACACACACACACACACACACACACACACACACACACUCAACAGGUCUCAUCUCUUCAUUUCACUCACUCGUUGGGACUUCAGUGAGCUUCGGGCAGUGCAGCAGUGAGGGGUAAAGCGAGGGCAGUGACCUUUAACCUUGUCCCUUCUGAGACGUGCCGUUCUGGGUCCUGUUCAACCAGCUUGGAGCGUUUAUUUUUGUUUGUUUUAUUCAUUUCUUCCCCCCGUGCCCCCCUAUCGCUGACAGGUUCGGUGUGGAGCGGAGCUCUCAGAACUUCUUCUCUUCAUGGAUGUGCAUUCAUCGUGCAUGCCUUGGGACGCGCUGUCUUUCUCGCCGCCUUUUCAUUUUUUCGGAUCCAGUUACGUCUGUCCGAGCGUUCG